UGAGCCGAAGUCAGAUGUUCAACUGAGUGAGCCACCCAAGCGCCCCCUGAAUAUAUUCUUAAAGUACCUUUGCUUUUAAGAGUUUGAGUGCAUUCAUUCUGCCUUGCUUAUGUUCAUAACUGGAGAUUCAGUGAAGUGUGUAACAGGAACCCUACCAUCAAGACCUUUGCGUUGCAGCUGUAAUUAGAGAAUGCGGUCUUGUUACACAGUCGCUGAAGAGCCAAACCUUGGAUGCAGAAACAGAUGUGCUCUGCGCAGUCCUUUACAGCAAUCACUACAGAAUGGGCCGCCACAAGCCCCAUUUAGCCCUCAAACAGGUUGAACAGUGUUUAAAACGUUUGAAAAACAUGGAUUUGGAGGGUUCAAUUCAACAUCUUUCUGAGUCGUUUUCUUCCAAUCUGAAUCAUCCUGUAACUACCACAGCAUAUGUCAUCCCUAGCCAACCAGUGGUUGAAUUGGUGCUCAUGAAGAUUUUGGGAGCCUGCAAGUUGUUACUUCGCUUCUUGGACUGUUGCUGCAAGACAUUUCUCUUGACUGUGAAACAUCUAGGUUUACGAGAAUUCAUUAUUUUAAACCUUGUGAUGGUUGGGCUGGUGAGCAGGUUAUGGGUUCUCUAUAAAGGUGUUUUAAGAAGGCUGACUUCUUUAUAUGAGCCAUUGUUUGGAUUGCUUCAGGAAGUCUCUAAGAUUCAACCACUGCCCUACUUCAAAGAUUUUACCUUUCCCUCUGAUAUUGCCAAAUUUUUAGGACAGCCCUAUUUUGAAGUCUUUAAGAAAAAAACUCCCACAGCUUUUCCAGCUAAAGGAGUAACUAAAUUGUUAAAUAAACUGUUUUUAACAAAAGAGCAAUCACCAAGGUCUAGCAAAGAAACUGUACAUAGAAUCUGCAAAAAAGCUAAGCAAAUGAAGAUCAAUAUACAGAGUGAUAUGGAUCUUGGACAGCCAGUAAAAAAUAAGAAAAUCUUCAAAGAAAAGUCAUCAGAAUUUGAUUUGAGAGCUUUCUGCAAGCAGCUGAAGCACAAGGCUCUUCAGGAGACCAGCAUUAAAUGUUCUCAGUCCAAACUAAAGGCAACCAAACAUUCUUCUCAGAGAGCAUCAGGAACUCCCUGUGCCAAAAGUUUUGUGCAAAGAUUUCGAGAGGCUAAGACUUUCAUUCAACUUUCUGAAGAACUCCAAAUGGCGAUUUUGUGGUGCAGGAGCAAAAAGCUCAAGGCUCAGGCCUCCUUUCUGGGUAACAAACUUCUUAAAAGUAACCGGCUUAAACAUGUGGAAGCUCAAGGCUAUGGUUUGCCAAAGAAACUCAAGUGCAUAAAAACAUCUAUUUGCAACUGCCUUCUUCGUGGUGCAGGAAUCAAGACUUCAAAGCAUCAUUUGAGACAAAGAAGAUCUCAGAAUAGAUUUUUACUGGGACAGAGGAGACGGCAAAGAAAGUUGCAGCUGACUCUUUCAAAGGAAAUUCAGCAGUCCCCUCAAGGGACUCAGAAUGCUACAGAGAGCAGAAAAUGGAAGUGCUCACAUUGCACAGUUCAUAGAACUGAUCUCUACCCCAACAAUGAGCAACUCUUGAGGAGCAGAGUUUCAAAUCCUGUCAUACAAACUAAAGAGAAACAACUUCAUGAAAACCUUACAGGAAACCAUGAAAAUGAAACUAAUUCCUGGACAAUGGUGCAAAUGAACAAACAUAAUACAUCAGGAACCAUUAAGGAGACAGACGACAUUGAUGAUAUUUUUGCCUUAAUGGGAGUUUAAAUGCUCAUAUGUGAGACAUUUAAUUGCUUAACAAACUGGUCCACUGUUCUAUUUUACAUGGAACUUGCUGAGGUUGGAAAGAUUUAGAAAUACCACUUGGAGUCAGAGAGGAACUGGUUUAGUAUAACAUUAUACAGCAGUAAUUUCAGUUCAAUAAACAUUUACAGUAGCUCUG